AUGGAUGAAACAACAGAUAUUAUGUCCAAAUCUCAGUUAUCUACAAUUUUACGAUAUGUGACUAAUGAAGGGGUAGAAGAAAGAUUUUUGGGAUUUGUAGAUGUCAGUCAUAAUCGCUCUGCUAAGUGUUUAGCUGAGCAUGUUUUUCGUUUAUUAAAUGAAUAUAAAUGCGUAGAUAAAUUAGUGGCACAGACUUAUGACGGGGCUGCCGUUAUGUCAGGACAACAUAACGGUUUACAGACAUUAGUUCGCUCAAAAUGUAAAAACGCGAUAUUUGUUCAUUGUUAUGCUCAUAAACUAAAUUUAAUAUUAAAACAAUCUGUUGAUUAUAUAAAGGAGUGUAAAAUAUUUUUUACCAUGCUCUCUGGUCUUUCAUCAUUUUUUUCAAAAUCAACAAAAAGAAUUCAUGCACUUGAUCAAGAAGUCAAAAAGAGAUUUCGGUCUGUGGCUCCAACACGAUGGAAUUAUAAUAGUAGACUUAUUGAAAUGAUGUCUGAGUACAGAGAAGAAGUUUUAAAAAUGGGACAGCGAAACAUUAUUGUGCGCUAA